CCAAACCGCCUCGUUCCACGAUCGCGAUCGCCGCCUCCACCACGCCGUUCCCCGGAAGAAACCCAGCGCCGCCUCUACCCACCACGCGUCCGCGAGACCGGCGCCCGGCAGCUACCGCCAUGCCGAUCUCCUCCACCCUCGCCGCGCGCCUCGGCACCGGCCCCGCGCGCGCGCCCGCGCCCGCGCGGUGGAGCCCCUACGCCCGUUCCUCUGUGCCUGAGCCCCAGGGCGGCCGCGGCGGCGCCAAGGCCUCGCGCCCGCCCCUACGCCUGGAUCCCGCGACGGCGAGGCUCCUCGGCCCCGCGCAGAAGGUGGAGCCGUCCGGAUCGCGUCGCCGUCCCGAACCCGCCGCGCCCGGCGCUGCUUCUGCUGCACCCGCAGGACGGAGCCGUGGAGGCGAGAUGACAAGCCCGGAGCCUGUGCUGAAGCCGAAGCCGGACGCUGUAUACGAUACACCGCCCGUUGAGAAGCGCCGCUGCAUCGGUGGGGGUGGCUUCGUCUUCCUCUGCGCCCUCGCUGGACAUACAGAGGCUAUCAGCGGGAUCUCAGUGCCGCGCUGUUCCGACAAACUCUAUUCUGGCAGCGUCGACGGAUCUGUUCGCGUCUGGGACCGCAACUCUGGCAAGUGUGUUGAUGUCAUCAAGAUGGGAGGCAAGGUUGGCUGCAUGAUCACCCAUGGUCCAUGGGUAUUCAUAGGGAUUCCGAAGUCCGUGGAGGCAUGGAACACACAGACAGGAACAAAACUAAGUCUUCAGGGGCCUUCUGGUCUGGUUUGUUCCAUGACUGUCACGGAUGGGAUGCUGUUUGCUGGUACGGGAGAUGGUCGCAUCAUGGCUUGGAAAUUUCCUUCUAAGCAGAGCAACAUGGAACCAGUGUCGAUCCUCACUGGCCAUCAACGUGCCGUCAUUUCACUUUCUAUCUCAGCAACAAGACUUUACUCUAGCUCACUUGACAAGACCAUCAAAGUAUGGGAUCUCAUGACUUUGAAGUGUGUCCAAACACUCUCUGAGCAUAAAGCUGCUGUAACAUCUGUCCUAUGUUGGGAUGAAAAGUUAUUAUCUUGCUCCCUGGACAAGACUGUAAAGCUCUGGACUCUUUCAGAGUCUGGAAACCUUCAAGUCAAAUAUACCCAUGCUGAGGAGCAUGGGACAUAAUUGUUGGGACUCCAGUUGCUUUCAGCCAAGCAAUAUGAUUCAUAAAUGUGAUCUCUGAACUAGGUGUAACAUAGGCUUGCUCAUUUGCUUUCAGACAAGCAAUAUCAUAAAUGUGGUCUUUGAACUAGGUGCAGCAGAGGCUUUCUCAUUAGCUUAGCGAAGCAAUAUGAUUCAUAAGUGUGGUCUCUGAACUAGGUGUAGCAGAGCCGUGCUGGAACCUCUCAGUGUAGGGUUGUUGCAUAUGGAGAUAGCUUUGGUUGGUCUUCUUGGUCAGCUGAGUUUAUCUGGUGAACUGGGUCAGUAAUUGAUAUUUUUAUAUACUGAUAGAAGCCUUGUUAGAUGAGAAUUUCAGAUGGUCUGCUCAGUGUAUCAUAUCUUAUUAACUUUGAAAACAACUUACUGAACAUUAUAUUCGAACUGAUUUGCCUACCAACUGCACGCAGCAAGAAACUAAUGAACUUCUUGGAUAUUGUUCUGGAUCACGCACCAGAAGUUGUAUCCUAGCUUGUAGUGUCUAUACAUGUAAAUCUUAGUGUCUCCUCACCUCACUAUAUUAUUCACCUUUGCAUUGGAACAAGUUCAAACAAUUAGUUUUCAUAUCUCUCAUGAGAUGGAUAUUGUUCUGGAUCACGCACCAGAAGUUGUAUCCUAGCUUGUAGUGUCUAUACAUGUAAAUCUUAGUGUCUCCUCACCUCACUAUAUUAUUCACCUUUGCAUUGGAACAAGUUCAAACAAUUAGUUGUCAUAUCUCUCAUGAGAUGGUCCGAGAAAAAUUGCUGGUGUGCUUGAUCAUUGGGAAUCACACAAGGCUAUAGUCAUGCAACAAUGCAAGUGCGUUGAGUGCUAUGGUUUCCCCUUUCCCGCCCUUUUAUGAGAAUGGCUUGUUUCUGAGCUGCUCCUCACUACAGCUCUAACCUUUCCGA